AUGGCUGCGCCGCCGCCGCAAGGCCCGCCUCCAGGCGCAAUGCCCAUGGGAAUGCCCAUGCCGGGCCCAGGUUUCAUGGGACAGCCACCCACGCCCGAGCAGAUCCAGCAGAUCCAGCAGAGGAUUGCUGAAGAUGCCGCCAAGGCAGGCAUGACGGUGCCUCAAUUCAUCGAGCACAUCAAGCAGCAGCAGAUGGCGCGCAUGCGCGCAAUGCAAAUGCAGCAGGCCGCGCAGCAACAGGCCCAGCAGCAAGGAGGACAUGAGGGCCACAACCACCCUCAUCCUCACCCGCACCCGCACCCGCACCCUCAGCAGGGCCAGCCGCAACAGGGCCAGCCUCAGCCCAUCACCCCAGGCCCGCCGAAUCCAAAGGGACUGGCUGUUGCCAAGUUCUUGCGCGGCCAGGACCUGAAGCCACGUACCUCGAUUCUCAACGGCGAGCGCAAAGACAUGUUCAAGGUCAAGCGUGCCCUGCGAGCGCUGCAGUCCCCUGCUUAUGAAAAGGCUCGAAAGAAGAAUCCUCUGCUGCCAGAAAUCACCGACCGGGCGUCUCUAGAGAACACCUUUAAGCUGCUGCCCCUCAGCAUGCUUGCGCUGCGAGUCUCCAAGCUCGAGCCGCAGCCCGGCCCCAACGGCAAGAAGCCCAAGCGUGUCAAGGGCCAGUGGAACGUCAGGAUAGAGCAGCAGCAAGAGGCCAAGGAGGACAUGUACUACGUGUGGCUUUGGGAGGGCAGCCAGGUCAAGCGCCAGCUGUACGCCGCCCUGGCCCUGGUCAUCAUCUUCAUCGUUGUGUUGUACCCUCUCUGGCCGUUGAAGCUGCGACAGGGCGUUUACUACCUGAGCUGGGGCAUGCUUGGUCUUCUUGGUCUCUUCUUCGCCAUGGCUAUUUUCCGUGUUAUCCUGUUCUGCAUUACAUACUUUGUUGCGUCUCCUGGUCUAUGGCUGUACCCCAAUCUCUGGGAAGACGUUUCUUUCAUGGACAGUUUCCGACCAGUCUGGGCUUGGCAUGAGACUGAGAAGCCAAAGAAGAAGAAGAAGUCAAAGGCUGUUGGAACCAACUCCGUCAUGGCCGCGGCUACUGGACAAAUCGCACCGACUACUGCAACGACAACGGGCACCGACACACAGCUCGACGUCGCUCCCCAGCAGCAAAAGGCUUACGAAGCCCCCAGGGUGGAGGAAUUGGCGGACGAUGAAUAA